AUGGAAACAGGUUAAUAUAAUGAUUUAAUGCAAUAUGUCUAUCAAUUGGGUGAUUUGGCUUUGAAUGUUGGUAAUUGCUCUAUAUUUGAUAAUUUUAUAGGUUUUGUAUUAGGGCCAUUAAUUGGAUACGUGGCUUAGUAUUAAUUAAUCAAACAACAAAAGAGUGUAGGUUCAUUUUCAACAGAUGUUUGUGCAAUAUUAUUGUUUGCUAAUUUGUUAAGAAUAGUAUUUUGGUACGAGAAACGUUUUGAAAAUGCAUUAUUGUAUCAAUCAGUUCUGAUGAUAAUGAUGUAAGUAAUGAUAUAUAGAAUAAUUUUGAGGUGGAAUUGUUAAGAUUGUGUUUGACUUUGAAAAACAAAUCAGUUUAUAAGACAAAAUAUAUUUCAUUUUUCGAUAGUCCAUUGGGUAAGUUUUGGAGAUGGAAUUAAUUAAAUUCUUAUAUAGCAUGUUUGAUUACGUUUUUGACAAUAGUAUUGAUAAGUAGUUAUUUGAAUCUUGAUAAUCCUUAGUAUUGGGAAAUAAUAGGAUUUUUAAGUUGUGCAAUAGAGGUAUAAUAUAAAGAAUGAAUAAAAAAGGCUACUUUGGGAUUGCCUUAAGCAAUAAAGAAUCAUACAUCAAAAAGUGUGAAAGGAUUAUCAUACACAAUGAUAGGAUCAUGGUUUUUAGGUGAUGGUUUUAAAACUUUUUAUUUUAUUGUAAAGAAUUAGCCAGCUUAAUUUGUAAUGUGUGGAGUAAUAUAAUUGAGUGUUGACAUAUGGAUAAUGUUAUAGAUAGCAGUAUUUAGUUCUAAGAAGGGAGAUAUGGCAGAAUUAUGAG